AUGAUUUCCAAGAGCAUGUUCUCUAAAGAAUUUCUCGGGCUUAAAAUCUAAUAUAGGAGUGACUCAGUAGAACAAAUACAGGAGCGACUCCAUUCUACCACUAUGAGGAAAAGUGGUGUUCCUCUCCUUUUGGGUAUCAUCUUCCUGACUCUGAUUGGAGUUCAAGGAACUCCAACAAUGAGGAAUGGACGCUGUUCCUGCAUCAACACCAGCCAAGGGACGAUCCAUUCAAAAUCCUUAAAGGACCUUAAACAAUUUGCCCCAAGCCCUUCUUGUGAGAAAGUUGAAAUCAUUGCUACAAUGAAGAAUGGGGAUCAAACCUGUCUAAACCCAGAUUCAACAGAUGUGAAAGAAUUGAUUAAAGUGUGGGAGAAACAGGUCAACCAAAAGAAAAAGCAAAAGAAAGGGAAAAAAUAUAAAAAAACCAAGAAAGUUCCAAAAGUUAAAAAAUCUCUACAUCCUCCUCAAAAGAAGACUACAUGA